GGAUAUGCACUCAACAUGUCUCACCCCAGCAAGCCUGAAAUGUAAGCCAGCAGGCAGGAAGGCUGGACGGCCGUUUGUGUACCAAAACCGGAUGGUUUCCGUCCUCGGGUCUGACGAGGACCUGUCAGUGGUGAGGCGGCUGCCGCUUGCUGACUGAGUCAUUUCCCUCAGAAGAAGAAGUGGAGACACGGGAAGCAGUGGAUGGACACAACAUGGGCUCGGACGAGGCCUACAAUUUUGUCUUCAAGGUCGUCCUGAUUGGUGAGUCGAGCGUGGGCAAGAGCAACCUGCUGUCGCGCUUCACCAAGAACGAGUUCAGCCACGACAGCCGCACCACCAUCGGCGUGGAGUUCAGCACGCGCACCGUGCAGCUCAACGGCUUCACCAUCAAGGCGCAGAUCUGGGACACGGCGGGACUGGAGCGCUACCGGGCCAUCACGUCGGCGUACUACCGAGGUGCAGUGGGAGCCCUCUUGGUGUAUGACAUCACCAAGCACCUGACCUAUGAGAGCGUGGAGCGCUGGCUGAAAGAGCUCUUCGAACACGCCGACCCACACAUCGUGGUCAUGCUGGUGGGGAACAAGUCCGACCUGGAGUCGGAGAGAUCGGUGCCAAUGGAGGAGGCCAAGGAUUUUGCAGAGAAACGAGGUCUGUUGUUUCUGGAGACCUCUGCGUUGUCGUCAACUAAUGUUGAGGCUGCGUUCAACACUGUCCUAACAGAGAUACACAAGAAGGUGAGCAGUAAGGAGGUGUCUCGAGGCUCCAUCAGCGCCGUCACCUUGAACACCCCCAGAGUGGAGCCCACCGAGGAAAAGAAACCUUGCUGCAAGAACAUCUAAGCUUCCGAGGGGGAGCGUUGGCUUCUGGGAGUCCAAGGGGAUGGUGGAGAUCCAGGUCAUGAGACACGUGGCUUCCUCUUUAAAAUUGACUGAUUUGAACCUGCGCAGGCUGGCCUAAUGUGAACGAAUACAAUAUCCUGCCUGUUAUAUUGUACAUCUCGGGUUAGCAGUAAUUUAAAUAGUGCAACUGAAAGUUGUUCUAAUGUUUUUUAAAGUACAUAUUUUAA